GUUGUUAUUGUUUAUUAUUUUUACAACUCUUCUUUACAGUUAUACAUUUACAUUAUAAAAAUGAACAUCAUCAUGUCCGAAAAUACGCCAGCGAACAGACCCGCACAAAAGGGAAACUCAACUGCGAAGCUCGGUUCUCCGGCAAUAGCAACAGCGACCACCCGGCAAGUCGCAGAAGCUUCGGGCUCAACAACGCAUCAAAAGAAGCUGUAUGUUUCAUUCAAAACUGACAAAUGUACUCCGUUGAUAACUACGCAGCAGAAGAAGGGAUCCCGACAAAGGUCGUCUGAAUUUGUCGUCUCCGAAUCCACAUCCGCCCAAAAGCGUGGGAGUGACCGCCAGACGCAGGAUACUCUUUCUUCGCAGGGAGCUGAGACUACCACUGCAACAGGUCCCUGGCUGUGUCUGGAAUGCAGUGUGAGCCUUCCAUCGUAUGGUGACUUCAGACUCCAUCUAAUUGAGAAGCACAAGAUAACUACUGACCGCUGGGCGCUCUGCGAGGACUGUGGCUGGCGAUCGGAGAGCAAUCGCGCGUUGCAUUUCCACAAAUAUACGGAUCACCAGAUCAACUCACUGCUCUACACUUUCCCUGAGUGCGACCUCUGUGAUCGGAAAUAUUCGAGCAUAGACGAGCUACAGGCUCACCUGACUGAGUGCCUUAGUGCUCACAUUAGUGCCAUUGAGGAGAGUGAACAGGAUCCGGAGAACGAUGGUAGCAUUAUCUACGACAUCAUUCUGGAGACUGACGACUACGAGGAUGACGAUAUGCCACUGAAGCAGCCGCCCACGGCAAGACAAAUCCAGCCGACUACCCAGACCCAGCUGGAGCGUGGCACAGCCAGCGAUGGUGAUGAUGAGGCUGCAUCCCGAACAGAAGAUGGAAACCCAAGAUCGUAUUCCCCCACAUCGACCGAGUACAAUGAGGCAAGGGAGUGGAUAGAAAUAACUGUUAGUGGCAUUCUAAAAGAAAGUGGCGACGAAGGCAAGUUUUUGCUAUCUCGAGUUCAUAAGAAAAACCUCACGCGAUCACUGAGAAACAAAUUGACCAAAAUGAUAGUCAACUACUUUCUGUCAAGAAAAAUAAAUAUGACGCUUCAGCAGAGCUACGCCCUGGAGAGAGAUGUGGUGCGGCUCUUUCCCGAUGAGAAACUGGAUCAUUGGCGGAGCAACGGAAAAACUGCUGGAACAUUAUAUAAUAGUUUUCGAUACAAACGACGAGUUAAACAUGCAGCGGAGCUUCAAGAAGGGCAGAAGGAAACGCUGCAAGAAGACGAGAAACUCCCUUGAAGGAGUUGGAUACGGAACUACAGAGGA